CCGGCCCCCACAGCAGCAGCGGUCAGGGACCCCCACGCGGCACCCCCUGUGCGCUCGGCUCCCAUCCGGGUGCGGCUGAACGGGAAACUUCCAAGGGAAGAAGCGGGGAAUUUUGGAGCGCGUUGCGCCGCUUCGGUGCCGGCUCCGCGCCUCCCCCGCCCACCGGGGAUCCCGAAGUCAAAACGCAGCCAAAGAUGAGGCAAAAUCCUCCAAAACGCACCGAAACCCAAACGCUCGGCCGUGAGCUCCGCUGCCAGAAGGGGCUCCUUUCCCAGGCGAAACCGAGCAGCCGCUCCCUGCCCCGUCCCUGCGCCGUCUCACUGCGCCCAAUUCACUUCCAAAGCGGGCGGGCAGACAGCAGGGCGCCGCGGCCCGCAGCCCUUCCCUCGGCGUGGCUCUGAGUCACCCUCCCACGUCAGCCCGUCCUCGGCUCGCCCUCCUGGCACCGCUCAGCUCUGACAGCAGCCCUUUCCCCCCCCCCCCCAGCAGUGGCCCAGGAGCUCCGGCACACGCCACGAAGGCGCCGACCCCGCAAACCCACCCUUGGGCUGAAGGGCUCUGCAGGUUCAGAGGGUCCUGGCAGCUUUAAACCAAACCAGCCGCAGAACUGGGAAAAGCUCUGCGGGGAGAGGGCGGCUUCGCCGGGUUUGGACCGAAGCAGCGCAGUCAGACCCCGCCUUCCUGGGGCGUUAUGGCAAUAAAGGCACCGCGACCCGGCAGCUUUAUAAUGAGCCCGUCCCCUUUGCCCCCCAGGAGCCCAAGGAGUGCAGCGCUCUUGGAAAGGAAGACCCACAAGGGAAGCAAAUGGGUGCGCAGCGCUCAAAGGCAAACUGAAAGCUCAGAGCUGUGAAGGUAAAGCUCGCCGUUCCCCAGUGCCGGGAUGGGAACCGCAGCCCAGCGUUACGCUUCAGAGGUAGGAAGCAGAAAAACAACGCUGCGAAUUGCUCAUCCCACAGCACGAAAACAAAGAGGAAUUCAGGCCUGGAGCCAGGGAAGCAAAGCACUCAAACAGCCAAGCAGCAGCAGAGCGCUCUCAAAGGAGCGCGGGGCCCAAAGCAAAGCAGCGCUGAAGCGCUCUGCUGGACGGAGGCCAUGAAGUCGUCCUGCGCUGCUGCCCCGCUCCUUUCUGCGCAAAACCACGGCGUCCUGCAGCCACAGCGGGGAGGUGAGAAUAAAUGCGCGCUGCUGGUGCUGCAGAGGAACAAACCUCCCUGCUGGGAAAUGCAACACCUGCACUCCCCGGAGCACAUCCAGCGUCGCCAGGAGGUGCAUGUGGUGAUGGGCAACGAGGCCUGCGACCUGGACUCCACCGUGUCUGCCCUGGCGCUGGCCUAUUUCCUGGCAAAGACCUCCGUGCCACCCAGAGCCGCCUUCAUCCCGGUGCUGAACAUCCCACGCGCCGACUUCGCCCUCCGCACGGAGACGACGUUCCUGCUGCGGGAGCACAGCAUUCCGGACUCCUCGCUCAUCUUCCGCGAUGAAAUCGACCUGGCAGGGCUGCACAGCGCCGGGCUGCUCUCACUGACCUUGGUGGAUCACCACGUCCUGCCCAGCGCUGACGCAGCCCUGGAGGAGGCCGUGGUGGACGUGCUGGACCACCGGCCGCUGGAGCGGGAGUGGGCACCCAGCUGCCAGCUCACGGUGGAGCUGGUGGGCUCCUGCGCCACGCUGGUGACGGAACGGAUCGCCCAGGGCCCCCCAGGCGUGCUGGACCGGACCACGGCCGCGCUGCUGCACGGCACCAUCCUGCUGGACAGCGUGAACCUGAGCCCCGCGGCCGGCAAAGUGACGCCCCGCGAUGUGCGCUGCGUCUCCCUGCUCGAGUCGCGCUUCCCGGAGCUGCCGCCCCACGACAGCAUCUAUGGAGCUCUGCAGGCGGCCAAGUUCAACGUCUCAGGGCUGACGACGGAGCAGAUGCUGCGGAAGGACCUCAAGACUGUCUCCGGUGAUGAACAAGUCCUCGCCACCAGCGGCAUCUACAUGGACAUAGAGCUCUUCCUGCGCCGCCCCGGUUUGCUGCAGGACCUGGAAGCGUUCUGCCAGGCCCGUGGCUACUCUGUGCUGGUGGCCAUGACGGUUUCCUUUAACGAGUGCUAUGAGCCUAAGCGGCAGCUGGCGGUGUACAGCUGGCAUGAGGCCCUGCGGAGCACGGUGUGCCGUGCGCUGGAGGAGGCCACAACCCCGGCGCUGCAGCUGCAGGCCCUGCCCAGCCCCUGGCCCUGCAUCAGCGCCUACACGCAGGGCAACACGCUGGCCUCCAGGAAGAAGGUGCUGCCCAUCCUGCGGGCCACUCUGGGGGGGACGCCGGGCACCGCAGCAGGGAUGGAGGAGGAGGUGGCCCCCCCACCCACCCCGAUGAACAGCCUGGUGGAAGAGAGCCCGCUGGCACAGGCUGUGCCCCCCGUCUGCCCCCAGGCUGUGCUGGAGCGGGUCAGCCGCAUGGCCGCCGAGCAGCCGCCCCCCGACUGUGACAAGUGAGGGGCCGAGGUGGCGCUGGGGUGCUGUGGGGUCCCGUCCCCAGCAUGGAGCCGCUGCUUCCUCUGAGCCCAGCUGGCUGCCGCAGCCCCCUCCUCACUGCCGACUGCCCCAGUGCCCCCCCUUCCCACCGGGGUUGGUGCUGUGGGGCCGCAAGGAGCCGGGCAGCACACGGCCCACGAAGGCACCGGGGCUCUUAAGGAAUUCUUCCCCUCCUGGCCGUUGGGGGCUGAAGUGCCGCAGCUGGGCACGCAGCUGCCUGGAGGCCGUUAGCUGCCAUUUCAGUACUAAAUUUGCCUCUUCCCCCCCA